AUGUCUACGGGCAUUUACUCAUUCCGCCCCAUUGCCAUAACAAUUUUUAGGUCGCUUCCGAAUUACUCCAAAGCGGAUUUGGCUUCGAACAGAAUCUUCUUCUUACGACGACACGAUCCGAAUGCUGGUGAUGGGAGAACCGACUUCAACCCUCUAUAUAGAUUCUCAAUUGGUGGACUCAAUCGAAGCAUCGCUCGGUACUGCUACAAAACGUUCGACUGUGCCAGGGAACUGCGUCUUCACGCCCUAGGACACAAUGCCCUUCAUACUCCAGCGAGUCCUGAACCUGAUGCGGGGCCGGACACCGGGGGGCUGGACACCGGAGGGCUGGACACCGGAGGGCUGGACACCGCGGGGCUGGACACCGCGGGGCUGGACACCACUGACGAUGGCAGAUUGAGUGAGGGGAAACUCCGCAAGAUUCCGUGGCGAUUAUUGAUGUAUUUUCGCAUACCUUACAUAACUAAAGAGCUCCUUGGCUUGGAUCUGCCUCGUGCAGAUUGGUACCGCUAUCUGUACACGCCUCUGUUCAGUGAUUUCUUCGUUCGUCAUCCGACCUUCUGCGUCAAGGGCCAAUUAUACGAGCCAAUGUACGUUGUAGAAUGCGCACAGAGACCCUUCCGGCUCACUACAGCUGACUUCUGUCCCAGCAUCACGGUGGCAUCUUCGAUAUUUGCGGAUGGAUCUCAGAGCAAACUAUUCUUCUUAGCAGCACACGUUCUCCUCUCAGAUUACUUCUCUGAUACUGGCACUGCUUCGAAAAUCGAGAUUCUGGACGUCAAUGAUGCACAAGUAGUAAAUUCAGACCAAACAGUGGUCCAAAAAUUUGAACAUCAGUUAUCACGAAUCGACUCCGAUGGGACCGAAAGGGGCGCAAUAGCCCCCCCCGAAAAGGUUGAUGACCGGUUGGCUAAUCAUGCGACUCAUGACACCCCGCUCACGAAUGAUACUGAUAAACACCGAGCCUCCGACGUCACGCCACCUGUCCCCGGAACUCCUGCCACAGUGGCGGGACCCUUCGAUGGAAUCUCAUUUCAGCAUGGAUUGGACGCCACUGAGAUAAUUCUUGAUUAUGGUGACCAGCCGUUGGACGAUCCGCAAGACUUGGAUCCUCCGACUCCGGACGCUUCAGGAAGGGCCUUUUCAGGGGGCAGUCCCUCCGACUCAAACCGUUUACUCGGCCUUCCUGAAUCGUACCGAGAACCUGACCGCGCUUCCCUGAGCACCGCCAGUGAAGAGGGCACCCACGAAAUAUCAGAGGAGGGCUCUCCAGCUAAAGUCGGCGGCCGGGCUGCCCCUCAUCCCCUGAUACUCUUCUGGCUGGACCGAGACAGGGUUACUGUCUACGAAGCGGCUCUAAACACGAGUUCUUUGCAAACGAUCGUCGCCGAAAUCUCCAGCUUUGUUCUUAUUCGAGAAGCCGACUGUCUAAACCUAAUGAAGUUGCUCCUGGCCCUCCAAGACUAUUUCGACAACAUUGAAAUUUCGCGGCACACGCGUGUGCACAAAGUUUCCAGCCGCCGCCGACGCGAAAAAGUGUUGCUUCAACCCCAAGUAUCAUCGGGCACUUCCUGCGCGGGGCAUUUCAGCGAAAACCGAGUCGACGAAGGCCACAUCGUGAGCAACGUCAGCGAUGGUAACAUUAGCGAUACAAAAUUACGCAAUGACGAUGGCUGGCAAACAGCUGAUCGUGAUUCCGUGACCUCGAUAGACUGGCGCCUACGGUCGACCGCAGCGACUUUACAGGAGGGUCGAACAGAGCAAAUCGGGGAUUUGAAAGCUGAGAGUAGCCAGAAUAGCGACAGCGACAUUACCCAACAGAUCGCGAAUACUUCUGCGCCCCGAUCCAGGAACGAGGAGAGCUCUGUGCCAAGAAGCCGGCCCGCCCCAUUAAAUGACUCGCGGCCUGUCGCAACACAAAAUAGAGCACCCUCUGAUCGGGGGCAGCUUGAUACGGGACAGCCUGAUAGGGGGCAGAGUGAUAGGACGCCGAAGGGGAAAGGUCCUAAAGUGGCGCCAAGAAAAGAGCCUGUCCGGACUGAUAAGCGGCCUUUGCCGGAAGAACUGCCAAUAGCGAAGAGGCGCAAUACCGCUACCAUUGUGGCCAAGCCUGCAACGGCCAGGGGUGGGGGAACUCCUGCUUCCUUGGGAUCGACUCCGAAAGAUUUGCGACGCGGGCCUGACCGGUCGCCAGCUGAGUCUUUGGGGCCGAAGCGGCAGCAGGCCGUCCCGCCUAGAUCCGUCAAGUCGGCUGCACGGGAGCCAGUUCCAGAGGCAGGUUCCGCUGGUGGCGUGGAGACCAAAAGAGACUCUUUGAAUCGUGACGUGGCAACAGAAUCGGUGGGAAGGGAGUCCGUCAAGGAAUUGGCGGGACGAGAGCCGGGGUCGGAACCUGCCUCGGAGGUGGGUGCGAUUCGUCAGGCGCGUGUGUUCUCUCGGGGCCGAGAAAUCCCGGACAAGUUAGAGGUUCCGGACGAGGAGGAUUUGCCGCUGGCCUCCACCCGGAGCCCGAUGAAGCCGAUCACGACGAUCAAUAGCAUCUACGGGCGCUGGCUGCGCCGCGUGAAUGAGGAGCGGAACUGGUACUUCGGCUUGCUGCAGCAGGAGUCCGACCGAAACUGGCCGAGCAGCGUGCCCGAGGGCGUGUUUCUACCAUACCGCCGGCUUGUGAUUGAGGAACGCUACACGGACAGCGGGUUGAUGCAGCUCUUCCACAGUCGGUCCUACGUCGGAGCCGUCGCUGCCGGUAGUUCCGCCCCAAGCAACAAUGGUGCCGGCCCGGAUGGCCCCGCCCCGGGUCCCACGGCGGGUUCUGCGUUGACGCCUGUGUUGCGAAUCCCGCGCACACUCGAGAACUUAUGUCGGUCGCUAAUGAUUCUGCUGGACGGCACGCCGUACGCCAGUUACGAGUCCGCCCGCCCGGCGGGCCCGGUCAAGCUAGACCGGAAGCAGCUGGAGAACCUUAGCGUGUUCAUCGCGAGCGUGCCGAGCUUCGGCGACUGGCGCCUCCGCUUCUUGGUGAAGCGCCGGCAGCAGUGCCUCAACGACAACACCACUGUCUGCGGGCCCUGCAACGUCAUCACGCCCGCCUACUACACCGGCCACCACCGCCGGUGGCGCUGCGUCGUCUGUGGGCAAACGGGUAAGAAAGAUCUCGUGUUCGACUUGCUCCCGGAAGACGAUGGUCUCAUCGCCCUCGAACUCGAAAACGACAGCAAGCCCCGGUAUGAACAAGCCGUCUACGACACACUCGCAGGAGCUUUCGACGGCAUUGACGAUUGGGGCAUCGUCCUCGACUGGCUCAUCUUCUGCACACCGUCCAUCACCAAACUCUUCGACAAUGGCACCAAGUGUAAGAUGUGUGCGAGCGCCUCCCUCCGACUCAACCACCGCAAAACACUCGUCUGUCCCUACUGCGGACUAACCGCUGCCGCCGCUAAAAACGAACUCGACAGAUCUCGACACUGA